CUCUAUGCUCAUAGCUUUGUACCUUACUGUGCCUCACACGCUUUUAUUCUCAAGUCGAUCAGUGUUAUCUUUUUCUGGAAAAAUCAUAACGCCAAUUGUUGUUACAUUUAAUAACGGAGAAAAAAUAUAAGCAUGAUGUUUGGGUCGGGUGCAGCACCAAUUGUAGUUCUGAGCCAGAACACAAAGCGGGACACCGGUAGGAAAGUGCAGAAGGAGAAUAUCCAGGCGGGCAAGGCCAUUGCUGAUGUUGUUCGAACAUGCAUCGGACCGCAGUCCAUGCUGAAAAUGCUGCUCGAUCCUAUGGGUGGCAUAGUAAUGACAAACGAUGGAAAUGCCAUACUACGUGAGAUCACCGUACAGCAUCCUGCUGGAAAAUCCAUGAUAGAGAUUGCUAGAACUCAGGAUGAAGAGGUAGGAGAUGGCACCACAUCAGUCAUAGUCCUGUCAGGUGAAAUCUUGGCCACUGCUGAACCAUUCUUGGAACAGAACAUGCAUCCCACUGUCAUCAUAAGAGCAUACCGUCAGGCUUUGGAAGACAUGGUCACAAUUCUUAAUGAGCAAAUCAGCAUCGAUCUAGAUUGCAAUGACAGAAAAAAAUUGGUCCAAGUAAUAAACUCCUGUAUAGGCACUAAAUUCAUUAGACGCUGGUCCGAGCUGGCAUGCAAGAUCGCACUCGAUGCUGUUCACACCGUGAUGCUCGAGGAGAAUGGCAGAAAGGAGAUUGAUAUUAAACGUUAUGCCAAGGUGGAAAAGAUACCCGGUGGCACGAUAGAGGACAGUACUGUCUUGAAGGGAGUGAUGAUCAACAAGGAUGUGACACAUCCAAAAAUGAAACGUUAUAUCAAGAAUCCGAGAAUAGUGCUGCUGGACUGUCCAUUGGAGUACAAGAAAGGCGAAUCUCAGACGAAUAUAGAGAUAAUGAAGGACACUGAUUUCACUAAGAUACUGGAAUUGGAAGAAGAACACGUGAAGAAGGUCUGCGAGGACGUUAUUGCGGUGAAGCCGGACGUCGUGAUAACGGAGAAGGGUGUAUCCGAUCUUGCGCAGCAUUACUUCGUCAAGGCUGGCAUCUCUGCGAUACGCAGGUUACGAAAGAGCGACAUCAACAGAAUCGCUCGUGCCUGCGGUGCCACCGUCGUCAAUCGUACCGAGGAGUUGAAGGAGGAGGACGUCGGUACAGGCGCCGGUCUCUUCGAGAUCAAGAAGCUCGGCGACGAUUACUUCUGCUUCAUCACGGAUUGCAAGGAUCCUAAAGCCUGCACCAUCAUUCUGAGAGGAGCGAGCAAGGAUAUUUUGAACGAGACCGAGAGAAAUCUGCAGGAUGCGUUGCACGUAGCCAGAAAUCUUCUCAUCGACCCGAAACUCGUGCCAGGUGGCGGAGCGGUGGAAAUGGCGGUAUCACGUCUCUUAACGGAGAAGGCAGCGGGUCUCGCCGGUAUAGAGCAGUGGCCGUACAAGGCGAUCGCACAGGCCUUGGAGAUUAUUCCCAGAACGCUGGCGCAGAAUUGUGGCGCAAACACUAUCAGAACUCUGACAGCGUUGCGCGCGAAGCACGCAACGGAAGGAGGAACCACUUGGGGCAUUGAUGGGGAAACGGGUAAAUUGGUCGAUAUGAAGGAAUACGGUAUCUGGGAACCGUUGUCUGUAAAGUUACAGACGUACAAAACGGCGAUCGAGACCGCGAUUCUGCUGCUGAGAAUCGACGACAUCGUCUCCGGCAGCAAAAAGAAGAAGGACAAUGAUACCGCACAGUCGAAUCAAGGAGUCACGGAGGAGUCUAUGAAGGAUUAAAGUAUUUUCAAUAUCCGUGGAAGCCUAAUUGCUUUGCGUUUACUUUUAAGAUUCGAUUACCUUGCAUUCUCGCGUGUCUAUCGAAUUUUUAUCUUCUCUUCAAAUGCAUUUGUACACAAUAAAGAUAUUCCGUGAUUGUAAAAA